AUGUCGUACAACCAGCGCGAGACUCCGAUUCUCGCCGUCCUCUGCACCCUCCUGGUCGAGGACGUCUAUGGCGAACUUGCAGCUCGGGUAUUCUCGGUUCUUGCGCGCCAUGGACGGCAAAGUCUUGCAGCCAUCGCCCGCGCUUCCUACCUCAACGGACGGCAGAUCAAGUACGGGCUCGUCAUCCUCCUCCAGCAGCACCUCAUCUUCCACUCUGGCAGCGAUGCGCCCUUGACCUACUACGAAAUCGACUGGCAAAACUCGUACCAAAUCGUCCGCUUCGGCAAGGUAACAAAAUUAGUCGAGGAUCGCUUCGGGAAAAAGGCUGCCAAUGUCAUGUCCAACCUGCUCGCCCUGGGUCACACGCGCAUCGCAGAUCUCAAAGACGCAUAUUUCCCACCCGACACUGAGAGCGAUGAUGAGUCAGACGACGGCGCUACAAAUGGAGCCGGUUCCAAGCGAAAGCGCACAAAUGGCACUCAGGCCAAUGGACACACCAAGACGAAUGGUGUCUCGAACGGUAUCCCUUCGGAGUUGGAUGAUGUUAAGCCCGACCCUGCGACGCUGGCAAACGGCAACGUAAAAACAAACGGCGUGCACAAGGCCUCCAAAGUCGACGGGGUGACGCAAAAUGGCGCACCCAAGGAGCAAGAGCAGGAUGACAGCGACAUCACUUCGAUCGACGAGCUGUAUGAACUAAUCCAAACACUGAUUGAGAACGGGUGGGUGAGGACCGUCACAGAAACCCAGUAUCUUUCGCCUGGUGAUAUGCACGAUCUGCUCUACCAAGAGUCUAUCGAACACGAUAAUUCAGGCAUCACGCCCACUGGAACAAAAGACAAAGAUGUGGUUAACAGAGGUACCUUGACGCGCAAGCGCGCAAUGCGCGAUGAGUGGCUGACGGUUCCAAAGUUUGCUCGAAGCGGGCAUACAAAUGGAUCCAACAAGAGAGUGAAGAUGAAUGGUGCGAAUGGCUGGGCAGCGCCAUCUUCGGAUGACGACCUCGUUAUCCGCGUCAACCCCGAGAAGAUCGCCGUCGCUAUGCGGACAGAGCAACUUGUACACCUGGUGCGGCAACGCCUAGGAUCGGUCACUGCGCGUGUGUAUCAAAUUAUGCUGCGCAUGCUGGAAUCAAAGACGCCCCGCUGCUGGGAAGAAUGGCCCGACCCCCCUCUGCCUAGUGGUGAACCAUCUACGGAAAACGCCAUCGACCCUCGCUUCCUCGUUACUGCGCGCGACGUCGCAAUAAAACUUAGUCGCGACGAUGACGUGGAUAUCUUUGAAGGGCUAGACCCCAAUGCCGCCGUGCAGAUCACUCGGAAGGGGCACGUGAGCCGAACGAAUAUCUGGACAGCACCAACCGACCCUAUGAAACUGAACAUGGAAGAGAAGACGAAGAUCAUCGACAAACACAUACAGAUGCUGGCAGAAGAUCCGUUCCACUUUGUCACAUGGCAUUCGCGCGCCGGUUUCUCGCAGUGGCACAUUGAAUUCGACGAGAUUGCAAGGCAAAUGAUUCAAGCCGAAGUCGAAAAUACCAUCUCAGCAAGGAAAGGCACAUUGGGCGUGAAACUCAUCCGAACUUUGAGGAAGAAGGGCAGACUCGACGAGCGCGCAAUCUGCAAUGUCAUGAUGAUGACCGCCAACGACAUACGUGGCAUUGUCAACGACCUCACCGUCCAAGGCAUUGUUCAGACUCAGGAAAUUCCCAAGGUCGACAGGCGAGAAGCAAAGCACUCUCUGCAUCUAGUCUGGUACGACCGGCAGCGCGCCCGUGAGAAGUUACUCCAUGACACAUACAAGGGAAUGGUGCGCAUCCUCCAACGCAUAGCAUACGAACGAGAAAAAGUACAAUUCCUACUUACCAAGGCGGAGCGUUCCGACGUGGUCGGAAACGAAGAGAAGUGGCUGAGCAAAGGUGAGCUGGAUGCGCUCAGGAAAUGGAAAGAGGUGCAAGAAAAGCUACUCCUGCAGCUCUUCCGUGAAGACGAUUUGGUAGCCACGUUGCGCGACUUCCACGGCCCCUUGGUCUCCGCGUAG